GCAAAGCUCAGCUAUGCUAUUUUUGUUUUUUGCUGUGCGAGAUAUAUGCACAUGCAGUAGCAGAAAAAAAUUUCAAACUUAGGACUCUUCCAGGAACUGCAGCAUGAGGGGAAUGGAUGAUUGGAUGACACAAUCAUCAGAGUGUUUUUGAGGCUCCUUAUUUUUUAAGUGAAGCAGGAUAAAUUCUAAAGACUUUAUUUUUUUAAUAGCCAGUAUUAAGAUAAGGCUGUACCUUUGAAUGUCUCAUUAAAUCACUUUAGAUUCCAUUAAGGAAGAAGGCAUGAUAUUUGUUCUCACACCUGAGGGCUCGGUGCAGAAUUGAAAAACAUCAGUAUGUCUGUUAGGACUAUGACAGAGCUGAAAAGUAGGUUGUAAGUUGACUAUGGAAUUCUAGAGUAUAAACUCAGUUCCUUCAAACUUACACUGUUCUGUUUUUUAGGGUUUAACAUCAAGACCUCAUCCCAGAUAGGCAACUGGAAAGCUCAGUAUAUGCCAUUCCACCCGACUCAGGUUCAGAUUUGUGGUAGCCAUUUCUUAAUGAGCAGAAAGUAGACUUGUGCCUGACCUUUGAUCUUAUAACUUAGGCAAUUAAGUUUACUUUGAGAUGCAUAGUAAAAUUUGCCUGUUUAUCUAUAACACCAAGUCCUUGAUAUUUCACAUAAAAUUUGUAUCCAGCAUUUACCAAAUACAAUGUCGAGAUGUUUAAAAAACUAUUGGAAUCAUUAAAAAGUUGAGAUGGAAAACCAGGUCCCUCAAGACCUAAACAGUCAGUCAAGAAUAUCACAGAAAAACUUACUUAAAAUGUUUAUUUUGACUUCAAGAAAGGAAGAGAAAAGCCUAGAAUUCUGGAUUUUGCAUACACAAUUACGAAGAUUUAAGGGAAAAUUAAAACCAUUUUUUUCAUAAUAUUGGCUAAAAUAACCAAAUCCUUAUACUUCAAAUGCUUUUAGAAGGGUCAAUCAGUCGUAAUAACCAUAUUUUCUUGGCCAUUUUCUUACUUUGCAUUUAUUAGAAUAGGUUCUUGACUCAUUAUGAGAAUCAUCAUGGAAUAUAUUUUGUGUUAACAAGAAUUCCAUUUGAAAUGAAAAUGUAACAUGGAUAUAUCCUAUAGUUGCAUGUAGAUAUGAUGGCUUAAAAAGUGAAAAAUAUUUACAUAACUCAGAGGAAAAACAUCUUUGUUCAAAAUACCUGAAUAUUUUAUGGUUGAAGUGCUGUUUUCUUAUUUUUUGGGAAAAUUAUUUCAGUUUCUACUUCCCUUUGUACAUGUAGGCCAGCUUUCUACAAAUGAAGAAGAAUCUUCACUACUUUGUGCUGCUUAAGACAUUAAGUAACCCCAUUUAAGCCUCCGAUGGACCUUAAACAUAACCCUGCUUAGCAGUUUUCUAAUGAUAUCCUCUAUAUGUUGUUCCUGGUAUAUUUUUAGACAUAAACUCUUGGCUUCAUGGACCCCUAUCUAUAGAAAAAAGUCAUUUAGUUUUAAACAUUUUCCCAUGGAGUUAAAGAAUUCCCAUAGGCUAAGGAAGAUAAGAAUUUGGCUUUUUGCCUGGGAAAAGGAAAAUGUCACAAAAGCUCUUUUAUAAUAGAGUCAGUUAUACAAAGCCACAGUCCUUCUGUUUGGUUUAGUUUUAAUUAAAACAAUAAUUCAGAACUAUUAUUUACUGAUGUCAGUAUCUGUAGAUACUCAUGUUUUGUUGUUUACGAAUGAAAAUGUUUUGGUAACUUUCCACUUUAUAUAUUACGUCCUGAAAUAAAUGCACUUCCCAAAAUGUCCAUGUUGGAAAGCAGAAAAAUUAAAUGUCUUAUGUCUUUGGUACUAAAGGAAUUAGACCAUAAUCUGUAAAAGAAUGUUUAGGAUUGCAUUUGCUUUGUUAUUUACACCUCUAAUUACAAACAAAUACACUUGUUACUGUGCCAUUGGCUAGAUAGUUUUUUUUUCUCUUAGCUCAGAUAGAAAAAGUUGUGUAUUUGAAAGUAAAAGUGAGCAAGUUUUUUUUGAGACUGAUCUAUGUGCCCUUGAUGUUUAGUUCCAUUCAAUUUUAAUCUAAUUUCUAUCUAUUUUUAGUUUUAAGGGAGGGCUAGAAACUAUUGAGGUUUAUAACACUGAGUGCCCAAGAAUAGUAAUUAGAGGGCUGCUAAUGAAGAUGCCAUACAAUUGAAUGCGUUAGUGAAGAUUUAGCUAAAUAUAGGAAUUUAGGUAAGUAUUAAGUAAAUAUUUAGAGAUUAUAAACGUAUUCUGGUGCUGGAAGAACUAUGGAAAAAAGGUGGUACCUAAUUGCCUUAUUUUAGGAAAUAUUAAGUGGGCAGAGAUGGGGGUGGGAUGCGUAGAGGAAGGUGAUAUAAUUAAAAUGUACUGCAGCCCGUCUAGGCUCCCCUUUCACUUUAAGAUCUUCCCUCCUCUACAGUUUGCAUCUUGCCAUUCAAGUGGAAGGGUGCAGACCUAACAGCUUGGUUGUGAGGAAAGUAAUAUUUUUAAAGGUAUGGUUCCAUUUUAGGAUGAAGUUUUUGGAGCUCAGAGAUGGUUUUUCCCACCCCACCCCCUCCUCACCCCAAAUUAAGCAAAUAGAAGAAGCCAGGCCCAUCCACAAUCUAUUCUGCAGACACAGCACAAGUGGGAGGGAUAGCGGGGAAUCGGGCCUUCUGGGGGCCAAACCUGUUUUGCGUUUGCCUUGAGAAGAGCUCCUUAAUCCGAGUUUGGAAGGGGCGGAAAGGGGAGUAACUGACAGGAGCUGGCAGAAGAUGAGAACAAUUAGGGGAAAGAAGCUCCCCCCAUCCUCUGUGCCCCUUCACCAAAGGCACCUGGAUGUAAGGGGGAAUCCCUCCCAUGCACGGACUCGCUCUCACCUGGGAGUCAAGUUUCUUUUCUAGCGUUAGCCACCUGUGUGAGGCGCUUCCCUUGGAACAGUGGCGUGGGAGAAAGGGAGAGGCUCAGCCACGCCGCUCAGGAGCCUUUCUUGGUGAGGCUGGCGGCCAAAAUACCUCCAGAACUCAGAGCUUUCCGGAUGCAGAGUGCUCCCUGCCCUCGCACGUCGCCAGGACUGUAGCCCAGCGUCCUGGAGACUGGCGUGGUCUGGAGCGGGCUGAACGCCUCCCCAGUUCGCGCGGGGUCCUCCCAGCCCUCCCCACCCCCCUCGCUCCGCCCGCACACCCCCCGGCGCGCCCCAGAGGUUUAUCAGGCUCCCCACACGCACCACCGGUUUCCUCCCGCACCCGGCGCGAGUGACCCAGGCAGCCCCGCCGCUGCCUCCGAGCCCCCAUCCAAGUCCCCUUCUCCAGCUGCCCGACCGCCGCGCCUCCCGGCUUGUGCCCCCGGGGCCGCGGCGCCCACCGCAUUUCAGGUCUAAUCCCGGGUUGGACCUGCUGUUUUGCUCAUCCCCGCACUCAGCCUCUCAGUCAGCCCGGAGAAGUGGAAUCUGCACUGGAAACUCUCGGUGGCUGGAGCCGGUGAACUGGGCAUGCUCAGAAGCCAGGGCUGGCUUUGGUCUCAAGUAGGAAGCUUUUGCACUCGGGAGGCAGCGGCGACUUUGGGGAAAGUUGAUCCGAGAGGGGAGCAAGCCCCAAGACGCGGAGCAGCGGCAGGAAGGAGCCCCCGGCAGCCCGGAGGAGCAUGGGCACCCUGCGGGAUUUGCAGUACGCGCUCCAGGAGAAGAUCGAGGAGCUGAGGCAGCGGGAUGCUCUCAUCGACGAGCUGGAGCUGGAGUUGGAUCAGAAGGACGAACUGAUCCAGAAGCUGCAGAACGAGCUGGAUAAGUACCGCUCGGUGAUCCGGCCGGCCACCCAGCAGGCGCAGAAACAGAGCGCGAGCACCUUGCAGGGCGAGCCGCGCACCAAGCGGCAGGCGAUCUCCGCCGAGCCCACUGCCUUCGACAUCCAGGAUCUCAGCCAUGUGACCCUGCCCUUCUACCCCAAGAGCCCACAGUCCAAGGAUCUCAUAAAGGAAGCUAUCCUUGACAAUGACUUUAUGAAGAACUUAGAGCUGUCGCAGAUCCAGGAGAUUGUGGACUGUAUGUACCCAGUGGAGUAUGGCAAAGACAGCUGCAUCAUCAAAGAAGGAGAUGUGGGGUCACUGGUGUAUGUCAUGGAAGAUGGUAAGGUUGAAGUCACAAAAGAAGGCGUGAAGCUGUGCACCAUGGGUCCAGGAAAAGUGUUUGGGGAGUUGGCUAUUCUUUACAACUGCACCAGGACAGCCACUGUCAAGACUCUUGUAAAUGUGAAGCUCUGGGCCAUUGAUCGACAAUGUUUUCAAACAAUAAUGAUGAGGACAGGACUCAUCAAGCAUACCGAAUAUAUGGAAUUUUUAAAAAGCGUUCCAACAUUCCAGAGCCUUCCUGAAGAGAUCCUCAGUAAACUUGCUGACGUCCUUGAAGAGACUCACUAUGAAAAUGGGGAGUAUAUCAUCAGGCAAGGUGCAAGAGGGGACACCUUCUUUAUCAUCAGCAAAGGGAAGGUAAAUGUCACUCGUGAAGACUCACCAAGCGAAGACCCAGUCUUUCUUAGGACUUUAGGAAAAGGGGAUUGGUUUGGAGAGAAGGCCUUGCAGGGGGAAGAUGUGAGGACAGCAAACGUAAUUGCAGCAGAAGCUGUGACCUGCCUUGUGAUCGACCGAGACUCUUUCAAGCAUUUGAUUGGAGGACUGGAUGAUGUUUCUAAUAAAGCAUAUGAGGAUGCAGAAGCCAAAGCAAAAUACGAAGCUGAAGCUGCUUUCUUCGCCAACCUGAAGCUGUCUGAUUUCAACAUCAUCGACACCCUUGGAGUUGGAGGUUUUGGACGAGUAGAACUGGUCCAGCUGAAAAGUGAAGAAUCCAGAACCUUCGCGAUGAAGAUUCUCAAGAAACGCCACAUCGUCGAUACAAGACAACAGGAGCACAUCCGCUCGGAGAAGCAGAUCAUGCAGGGGGCGCAUUCGGACUUCAUAGUGAGACUAUACAGAACAUUUAAGGACAGCAAAUAUUUGUAUAUGUUGAUGGAAGCUUGCCUAGGUGGAGAGCUGUGGACCAUUCUCAGGGAUAGAGGUUCAUUCGAAGAUUCUACAACCAGAUUUUACACAGCAUGUGUGGUAGAAGCUUUUGCCUAUCUGCACUCCAAAGGAAUCAUUUACAGGGACCUCAAACCAGAAAAUCUCAUUCUAGAUCACCGGGGUUACGCCAAACUGGUUGACUUUGGCUUUGCAAAGAAAAUAGGAUUUGGAAAGAAAACAUGGACUUUCUGUGGGACUCCAGAGUAUGUAGCCCCAGAGAUUAUUCUGAACAAAGGCCAUGACAUUUCAGCCGACUAUUGGUCACUGGGAAUCCUAAUGUAUGAACUUCUGACUGGCAGUCCACCUUUCUCAGGCCCAGAUCCUAUGAAAACCUACAACAUCAUACUGAGGGGGAUUGACAUGAUAGAAUUUCCAAAGAAGAUUGCCAAAAAUGCUGCUAACUUAAUUAAAAAACUAUGCAGGGAUAAUCCAUCAGAAAGAUUAGGGAAUUUGAAAAACGGAGUGAAAGACAUUCAAAAGCACAAGUGGUUUGAAGGCUUUAACUGGGAAGGCUUAAGAAAAGGCACCUUGACACCUCCUAUAAUACCAAGUGUUGCAUCACCCACAGACACAAGCAAUUUUGACAGUUUCCCUGAGGACAAUGACGAGCCUCCGCCUGAUGAUAAUUCAGGAUGGGACAUAGACUUCUAACGUAUUUCUCUUACCUGCUUCUGCCUUGCUGAAGACAGCUUUUUCUGAGACACAGCUGCCAGCAAACCUGAGGGAAGAGAGAAGAACAGUGCUCGGGGUCACCACAAUGCCUUCGAUCGAUGCUGCUCCAGUAACUUCAGUGGCAUUAGGACUUCUUGCUUAGAUGACAAUAAUGCUCUUUACAUGUUUUCUGUUUGACCCUAAAAAUAGCAGUUGACAUGGUGGUCCUGAAGCAAAGCCUUUCACCAGUAAAGAGAUGUUCUCUAUUGUCGCUUGAUCUUGCUUUGCUCUGAUUAUAAUUUGAAAGGCUGUAAGAAACACGUGAAUCUAAUAAGAGAGUCUGUACUUUGCUAGAAUCAUCGAGAAGAUAAAAAAAGUAACAUAGUGGGUACGAUAGAUUACUGUGGUACAAAAACUGGGCCUUUCCUUUCUCCAAGUGAGGGCUGCAGGACCAAGGACUGCAAGCCGGUGUAUAUACCGUACAAAAGAGGACCACACACCUGCUGGUCACAGAGUUCAUGGCAAACCAGUGCUAGAAGUUUCAUGAUUUUAUUUCCCAGCUGUGCUGAUGACGAGACUGAAUGUUAUCUUUCCUUUCUGACGGAUUUUAAAAAUUGGUAUGUUAAAAGCACAACUGCUCUGGAUCCUGCUGAGAACUCCCAGAGCAGGUAUAUAUGUGUUUUCACAGAGGACUGAAGAAAACAUGCAUGUUAUGUGUUUCUUUUUGAUAAAUUGGCAUGACAGAGUGGAGAAAAAGCAAUUCACAAACCAUUUCAUAUUUUUUAAAAUUUUGUGCUUCAAGAUGGUCCUGGAAAUAAAUGACUAGCAGCCAAUUGGUUUUUAUUUAUUACCUAAUAUACCCUCAAACUGAGACUUAAAAUAUUCCCUUUUAUAAAAAUAAACCCUUGGGGUGGGGGUAGGGUGGGGUGGAGAGGGAUUAAGAUCCAUCCAAAAAAAAAAAAAACACUAUAUAGGUGCUAUGUAUAUCUUUCAUCUGUAAUGUCAGUGUCUGAACAGACAAUACAAAUUCUAAUCAUUAAAUGUGUAGCCAGACUCACUUAAGCAUUUUCAUUAAGUUUAUCAAACCAAACUCCUGUCAGAUUUCACUUACACCACAUAGUCUAAGGUUUAGGGAGAAAGCUGAUUAAAAAUCUAUUUGAACUAGCUUCUUGUCUUAGGCCUGAACCGAAAAAAAGAGGAACGCAAGCAAGCAUUGAAUCAUUAAAAUUCACCAGAUGAGAAAUCUUACGUGAAGUCAGGGGACAAGACCAAAACCUGACCAGGUGUCGAUUACCUUUUCGUGACUGAGUUUGUGCACGUGCGAGAGUAGGAAGAGGAUAGAAAGCAGAAAUCUGAUUUCUGAAAAAUAAAUUUUCACUGAAUACAGCAGAUAUUACAACCUCGAAAUAUACUACUUAGGAAAGACUACAUUUUAAACUAUCACACGUUUGCUUUUUUCACACGAGGAAAAGAAAAAAUCUGCAAUUUAAACUGAGUCCCUGGCUGGAAGGCCAGCUAUUACUUACUAUAUAAGGGGUAGAGCCCUUUGAAAGCUCUUCCUGCACAAAUAGCAUCAUACCUACUUAAAAGAAUGCAUAAUCGUAUGCGCUGUCAUUCUGAUUUGGAACUGUGUGUGAAUUUGGUACAUUAAAAAGAGGUGUGCUUUCUUACAGUAGAUUUUUUUUUAAGUCAAAUGUAGACAUUUCUGUAAAAAAUACAUCCAUCUAUGAAGUUAUACCUUAUUUAAGAAGUCAUAUAUUACAAUUUUCAUUUGAACUUUUCAUACUAAUAGUAAUUUAGAAUAUAAUAUCUUCUCAAAAUAUAGUAAUCUGAUUAACAUUUUGAGAAUAAAAAUAAGAGCAUAUUAUGCAUAAUCAGAAUAAAGUUAAAUGAAAAUGUUGAUUCUUAAGAUGAUGUUCUUGCAUAACUGAAAUUUUCCCUCCCUUACAAUUUGUCAAAAUCAGUCUAUUUCCCAAGAUACCCACUUUCCUCAAAGGUUUUAGAAAAUAAAAUUAAACACACCAACCUAAAAAUCCAGCUAUGAAUGCCUUUUCAAAAGUUUUGUUACUUUUAAUUGGGAUUUUUAAAAUAUAUAAUUUCAACACUACAGUUAAUUCAGUGAUUUUUUUUUUUAAAGAGUGGGUUAGGCAUGCCAAAGGUUUGCUAGAAUAAUGAACCUACCUAAUCAUUAAGAGAAUCUGCUCCUGCAACUUUUGAAAUAUCCCACUAGCAGGGACUCUCUUGUCCC